AGGCGGAUCGUGCAGGCGCGUUUCUCCCGCACGGACAGGCUGUGCUGAGGAUUGACAGACCAGAGCCCACCUCGCUUCUCUCCCGCUGCAGCCGCCGUUUAGCCCUCUGCCUGCCCGCCGCUUUUGAAUGGUGCCACGGCUCUUUUCUGGGAUGCGAUCAUCGUAAAAGCCGAGCGGUUUGAACGAGAGCCAGAGAGCGCGCUGCCAGGGGACGGAACACGGUGAGCGAGAGAGAGCCAGGAGUAGUGUGACGCAGCCAUGGAGCCCCACAGACAGAGGGCGCUCUCCACGUCAGGAGAAUCACUGUACGCUGUGCUUGGAGUGGACAAGAACGCCACCCCCGAAGACAUCAAGAAGUGCUACCGAAAGUUAGCGUUGAAGUUUCACCCAGACAAGAACCCGGACAACCCCGAGGCAGCAGACAAGUUUAAAGAGAUCAACAACGCUCACUCCAUCCUCUCAGACGCCACCAAGAAGAACAUCUACGACAAGUACGGCUCCCUGGGGCUGUACGUGGCCGAGCAGUUUGGAGAGGAGAACGUCAACACCUACUUUGUCCUGUCCAGCUGGUGGGCCAAGGGCCUGUUCCUGUUCUGUUGUCUGGCCACAGGCUGUUACUGCUGCUGCUGCCUGUGCUGCUGCUGUAACUGCUGCUGUGGGAAGUGUAAACCGCGGCCCCCCAUGGACCAGGAGCCGGACUUCUACGUGUCCCCCGAGGACCUGGAGGCUCAGAUGGCCGCCGACGAGAGAGAUGGGGAGCCUGUAGUGGUGCAGCCAUCUUCAGCCACAGAAACGACUCAGCUCACCUCUGACGCACAUCAAAGCUACAGAACCGACGGAUACUAGCACCCGUGGGUACCGGACCCCCCCCACUCCUCCCGAGUACCAGAGCCCCACAGCCCCACCCCUGGGUUCCAGACCGAGCCUGUCCUAUCCAACCACAUGGGACACAGCUACUGAAGCAAGCAUUAAAAGUCCGAGGGCCCAUGAUCCAACUUCUUUUAGCGACCCUUUUUAAUUUAACUGAAGCCAUUCGCUCCAUCACACACCAGCAGUCUCUCUCUCUCUCUCACACACACACACACAUUUACCGUAUUUACAUUUUGGGUUAAAGGGCACAUAUUAGGCUAUUUUCUGAUCUGUUAUAAUGUCGUUUCCUCGUCACAAACAAACUGGAAAUGUGUGAAUGAAACGAAACACAACUCCAGGUCUGUUUUUGUGGAAGAAUCAACAUUAUAAUAUGACUUAAAGCUCCAAAGAGUCAAUUUCACAUCCAAAAGAGGAGAAAUAAGAAAAAGUUGUUAGUUUAAAUUGUUUGCCGUUUGACAAUUUGAGUUAAAUUUGUAUGUUUAGUUCAUAUGUUGCUUUAGUACUGAAUGCCAACGUGCGAAAACAGCCACAAUAUGAUAUUUUUACUAAUUUCCAGGUAAAUUUUUUUGGUAUGCCUGCAUGUUUUUGAAGUCCAAUGUUUAAAUAACUUUCACAACAUGUCAUUUAUCUGUUAGUGCCAUGUUAGUAAUAGCUGCGCUGCAAAUUUUACUGUUAAAAAAGCGUUUAAUUUGGGAACGAUGCAAAGGAAAACCAAAAUAGACGAAAACAAAAUCCCUGAUAGAAGAUCUUCGCAGCCUCAUCUCCGAAUCAUUUGAGGAGCUCUUGAACGCGUCUCAAUCUCAGCGCGUCUUGGCGGGGGUUCCCAUGUGGAGACAGGAAUGGGGUCAGCGUCAUUUGCAUGUACAGUACAGACCCGGCUCUCCGCUCAGCCCCGGGGGCCCCUCGUGUAAUGACUAAAGAUCACAGUUCAACAGGUGCUGCUCCUGUCAGGUCCUUCGCAUGUUGUUGGCGCACUUCUCACUCAGCUCGGGCCGUGAUGAAUUGGAUUUGUCUAGACUGAAAAGGAACAAUCCACUUUAUUUGUAUAGCACUUUUACGUAAACACAUUUUAUAAACGUUUCUAAUGUGCUGCACAGAGUAAUUUGGACAAUAAAACAGAAUAAAUCAUGAAUAAAAAGUGUUAAAAUACCUCAGAACUCAGUGUCCAAAGUCAAAUAAUAAAAUCUUAAAAUAAUUUCUAAAACAAACAGGAAGCCACUGAAAGAGUCAAGAAUUUCUUCUCAUAACUCCUAAAAUAAUUCAGUUUGCGAUCUAUAACGAUACAUUACAAUUAGUACUGCUGCAGUUUUUGUUUUUUACAUUCUAGAUUCUCACUGAAGGCUUCAAAACUAUAAAUGAACACAUAUGAGAUGCAGUAAACAACAAAGUGUGAAAUGAAAUAACCAGUGUAGGGAAUAACGGUGUUUAAGUAUAACGGCGUUACAUUUUCGGUAACGGAGUAAACUAUUUACUAUUUCUGGACUAUAAGUCGCACCAGCAAAAAAAUGCGCAAUGAAGAAGAAAAAAGCACCUAGGUUAGAGGUCUGCGUGGGACAGAAUUGUCAGUCCCGCUCCUGCCCACACCCGCAAAGAGUUGUAAUUUUUAGUCCUGCUCCCGCCCGCAUCUGCGAUACUUUGUUCCGCUCCCGCCCACAAAUCCCGCAAGGUGGAGACGUUUGCUUUCUUAAGUUCUAUCAAACACGUAAAAGUGGAAAGGAACUGUCUAAAACAGUGGUCCCCAACCUUUUUUGCGCCACAGACCGGUUUUAUAUCAGACAAUAUUUCGCGGACAGGGAUGUCGAGGUACGCUUGAAGACACAGCCCGCAUGGCAUGGUUUAGUCCUGGUUUAGACCUGGUUUUAGACCUGGUUUAGACCUGGUUUAGACCUGGUUAAAUCCUGUUUUAGUCCUGGUUUUAGUCCUAGUUUUAGUCCUGGUUUUGGUCCUGGUUUUAGACCUGCUUUUAGUUCUGGGGGGUGGCAUGUUUAAGUCCUUGCUGAAUCCUGUUUUAGACCUGUUGUAGAGCUGUUUUAGUUCUGGUUUAGUUCUGGUUUAGUUCUGUUUAGUGGCACAGCCUGCGCGACAUACGGGAGGGGGGACGGUCUGCGCGGUAUACACGUUAGUUUGCGGGACUGCAGCUUAUCAUCCCACCUGCCCACUCCCGCGUUGUGUGCAGGUGCAGGACUCUACCCUCAGUGUGUAUCUGUAAAAUGUAAAUAGCAGUAAACACAAAGAAAAAAGGUGUGUCCAGGGCUUCACAAAAUUCAGAAGAUCUAGUUUGAACCACAAAGCGUUCAUUCAGCCAAAUAAUUCAAUGACUCUGUAAUCGUUUGAAAUUAAACCUUUGCUCUGUUAGAUGCAUUAGUCUGCCAACGACAAGCCAAGACUGAAAACUUGGAAUCAUUUCAGAAAAAUGUUUGUGAAUGCACUGCCAAUAUAUUUUAUCUCGAUUCUUAAAACCUUGACAAACUAAAGUCCAAAAGCCAAACGGUCCUGUAUUUCACUGGAAAAUCUAAAUAAAUCGAGUUUCUAAGUGUAUAUUGUUGCCAUUUUACAUGAUAGUCACAUUUAUUUUCAAUUUGCAAUAAUAUCUAAAUGUUUUCUUCUUUCUCCUCUUUUAAUCUUUUAGUCAAACCUGGUGUCAUUAAAUCACACACAUACACCUAACUGAGCCCCUUUUAUUUUCGCUCAUUUUUAGUUUUUGAAUUGUUUCGUGUCGGUAAAAUGCUGUAAAUGUUGUGUAAACCGUACGUUUUAGUUUUCACUGUAUUUCUGUUUGAAAAAAAUGCAUAGAUUUACCAUCUUUUAUUUAUGUUAGGUGAAGAAUGUCCAAAGUCUUAGCAAACAAUCAGUUCACAUAAAGCAAGGAAAUGUGGACGUGUUUUAGAUUUUUUUUCUUCUAGAUUUUAUGCAAAAACAUGGUUGUGUCAAUAUUUUUAAUGUACAUCUGUCCCACUAUUUUAUCACAAGUAUUUGUACAUAUCUUGAGAGAGUGCAAUAAGAGCUUUAACAAGUCUCUUCUAUGCUUUCCUUCACUCCAUUGCAAACACUUUUUGCAUUAAUAAACCGUUCGUAUCUGUCUUUAAAAAUGCACUGCCAUUUCUAAACGAUGGUCCGCCCCCUGAUGUCUCUGCUUUGUCUAGAAUGUUCCGCAGUAAAGAUUAAACCGAUCUGUCAUGAGGGAGAUGUAUUUCUGAUCAGUAAAAAUGAAUAAAUGGUAGAUGGAAAUGUUUCGUGUGUUCCAGGCAAAGCAACAACAUCUCCAUGGAGACAAGCGGGUGGCGAUCCGUCCACCAGAAAAGUCACGCAAUGCACCUUUAAGAUGAAUUUAUUGAGACAGUUUAGAUUUGGCAGUGAAAAUACUGACUCUGAUUGUAGAUGGAGAUAGAGCAGGUCUCAAUACAAAGGACAAAACUGAAGCACUUAAGUUUAAGAUAUUUUAUUGUGAAAUUCGUCCUUUGCGUUUGACCCGAGCUUCAGCGUCACUUGGUUAAACCUUUAUGCCAGGAGCAAUUGGACCCAUCUCCGGAUCUUGAGCUAGUCUUGGUGAGGUUGAGCUUGGUUGAAGAGUGAAAUCAAGUUUUUACUUUUUUAUUUUAUAAAUCGCAGCAGUUUCAAAGCUUAAAUAGGCCAAGAUGUUCUCAUUCUGUGAUGCUGCCAGCUCUAGUUUUUAUUGUUCAAUUUUUAAAACAAGACCCAUCCUUCAGUAGCCAGGCUGGUGCCACCUAGUGCCUCUGCUCAAUUUCAUUUCUCUCCAGCGACUAGGUCAGGAAUCUGAAUACACUAGACGGUUCACAAAAACUCCAGAAGUGUGAGUUCAGACACCAGCCAAUCAGUGAAGAGACAGACAUUCAGUGUUGUCAACAAUUCCCAAGAUCGAGGAUUUAAAGCCGGAACAAAGAGAAUGCUUGGUGAAUUUUAUCAAGGGGAAAGACAUUAUUGUCCUUCCUACAGGAUUUUGGAAAAGCUUAAUAUACCAGUUAAUCCAGUUAGCGGCGCAUUACAUACGUCACGACCAAAUAACAGCAAUUGGUAAAAUUUUAAAAAAGUAUCCGCCUGCUGUCGAGCGAACAAAAUCUAAUGCUGCGAGGUCAGAAGGUUUGUACGAAGUGAAACAAAGUAAAACCGUAAUAACAUCCUUUCUUCUAGAGCUGCGUGAUAUAACAACAAUGUGCUAUGAUUUUUUGUUGUAUCACCGAGCUCUAGUUUUUAUUGUUCAAUCUCAAAUUUUGAUUAAGUUUUAUUUUGUCUUUUUAAAACGGAGAGAAAAAUCCUGCACACUGUCUUACUUGCAAAUCGUGAGUUAUUAGGACAAACCAUGCAACGUUUCGGGCUUCGAAGACCUAAAUGUUGCACAGUUUGUUCUAAUAAAUCUAAUAAAUCUCUCAAUUUGCAAGUAAGACGGUGUGCGGGAUUUUUCUCUAUGUUCUUGGGCCGUCUCAUCCAACGCACCCUUCUCAAGUAAUUGAUGUGCGACGCUCUGAUUCUUUCACGUCUUUUUAAAACAAGAAACAUCCUUGAGUUGAUGACGAAACCCAAGUGCCCUAGACACGGGAAGAAACAUGCAACCUCCACACAGAGAGUAGAACCCAGAACCUUCAUGCAAUGGGGCGUGAGUGCUCGAUAACCACUCAGCCAUAAUAUUUUGAUGGGUUAUUUUGCAAAUUUUAGGUUGAUGGAGGAAACGAGAACAUCUAAGGACACAGGGACAACAUGCACAGUCCACAUUACUAAUUAUUUUGCUAAUUGAUAAAUAUGGCGAUGAUUCUCUCAGUUAUCUGAUCAGUUCCUGAGUUGUUUUGAUGUAAUUCCUCGGCCCUAAAAGCUCUUCUCGACACAUGACAUGGUUUGAUCUGUGAACGAACAUGAAAACAGUUCGCAGGUUUCCAUCUGGACUCCAAAUAUCCAAAUGGACGACCUGGUGUCCAACUUUUGUAGUCAGUAUUUUUACUCCUAACCUGAACUGUCUCUUGAAAAGUUUGUCUUCUUCUCAGUUUCCAUCUCACGACACACACAACUUCUGCCCCAAUGUUCACGUUUUAUAUAUGACCACUAAACAUGCCACAAUGUCAAAUCCAAAUUAUUUUUUUUUACUCUAAUUUCUCUCUAUUGACCAAAUGUGGAUGAAUGCAGUGUGGAAUACAAGACUGGACUAAAGUACUACUAUUCUAGGAUUUAAAACUCUUGACAAUAACUAAACAAAAAGAUGUAUGUGUGAAUAUAGCAACCAGAUGAUAUUCAAGCAUUAUUUUAUUUAUUUUCUUAUCUUUUUAUGGAUUGAAAAUUAGAUCGGUCGAGCUUGAGGAUAGAAGUGCCGUAAAGGCAGGUAAAUAAAUACUAGUUUUUUGUCUUUAGCAUGGACUGUGUCGCGUCUGUCACAAAGACGCUCGGGUAAAUGAAUAUCUGACGUUGUAAUAAAUGUUUCUCAUGCUU